AUGUCGCAGUCAAUUAAGCUCGACACGAGCGUGCAGACAAUCAAGCGCGGGCUUCCCGAGGAUAACGAGGAGGGGCUAGAGGGGCCAGGAGUUGCAGGUGAUGUUGAACAAGAGAUAUCGGCGCCUGGACUGGAGGCUCGCAGUCAUAACAAUGUUCCCCCAUUUCUUUGCCAGUCUUACCUAGACAUCCAUAAGAAAUUCGAAGAACUAGAAUGGCUGCAAAGAUCACGGUUAGCGGAAGGACUAUUGGCAGACGAUCCGUCACACCGCUGGGCAUUGGAGGCGGACCCAGAAGUGAAGGCCAGAAACCGGUAUCUGAACGUGCAGGCGUGGGCCAACUCCCGGAUCCAUCUUAAGGUCCCGGAUGGCGAGUGCGACUUCAUCAACGCCUCUCCAAUCACGCUAAGAGAUUCGGUUACCUAUAAGGAGCGGAGAUAUAUCGCAACUCAGGGUCCGAAAUUGGGGCACAUCACGCACUUCUGGCAUAUGUUAUUUCACGAAACAAAUGAGGUCGCUGUCAUUGUUAUGCUUACACAGACUUAUGAGGCCGGCCGCGAGAAAUGUGCGCAGUACUUUCCUCUAAACGCUGAAAACUCGCCGAUGAUUCUGCGGGCAGUAGAGCCAAAUGCGUCCCAAGACAAGCACGUGGAGCCGAAUGGUGAAGUUUUAGGGAAAGUUACACUCUUAGAAUCCACCUUCAACGAGAAGUCUGGAUCAGAGGUCCGUAAACUUGAGUUGACAAUGGGUUCGGAGUCGAAAAUUGUUUGGCAUUUCCUCUAUGUUUCCUGGCCGGAUUAUUCUAAACCAGAAGCCAGUGGUCGCGCCGCCCUUCUUCAGUUGAUUAAGCUAUCGGCCUCCAAAUGUACCCCGGACAACCCCCGUGUCGUACACUGUAGCGCAGGUGUUGGUCGCACUGGCACCUUCAUCGCUCUUGACCAUCUCCUGAAUGAACUCGAGUCAGGAGAGUUAUUGAAGGUGACCGAUCCGGAAACCGAUCCAGUUUUUGAAACCGUUAAUCAAUUGCGCGAGCAACGAAUGAUGAUGGUAUACAAUGAAAUGCAGCUACAGUUCAUCUACGAGGUCUUACGGGAGCAAGCCGACCUUAAGCUCGGGAAUAUCACAGAGGAAGAUAUCCGCGGUGUUUCCGAUGGACAAACUCUGAACAGAAAGUCUGCAAAAAUUGCCAAGCUGUCUGGGCCUGAUUAUGUGCCUCCUUCAAAAGCUGAAUUCGAGCCCGUUUCUGACCGCAUUCCGACGCCAACGAGAAGCUGGUCCGGCACGCCAGACGUAUCGGACAAUGAGUAG